AUGUCGGAUCUUACAGAGGCCCAGCAGGCAGCCCUUGACCAUCUUCGUCAAAUAACGAAUGGUGAGGAUCCUGAGCGUGAACUUGCUGUUCUGGAGAGCGUCGGAUGGAACGUGGAGAAAGCCGCGCAGGCUUUCUUCGACGACGAUCUGCCUCAAGCAGGUCCUUCGAUGUCCCCCGUGCAACCUGUAUCUAUAGACGACUCCGCGCAGUCGAUUCCUUAUUCAAACUCUGCACCAGCACGAAACACCAGACCCGUGUACCCGAGGACACACCAAACAGGGCUGAAUCUCGCCAAUGUUGUUGCUUUCCCAUUUACCCUCAUUACCAACAUACUUCAAUUCAUCUUUAGAAUAAUACGUUUUCCCCUCGUAGGAAUAUUUCCUUACUUAUUUCGACCUAACGGCCCAGCUCUCCGCGGCUCCCGGGGGCCUCGUGGUGGGCGUGGUAUGCUCGCUGAAAACCCAGCAGCUGCCGCUGACAGGUUUGUUCGCGAACUUGAGGAUGAGACAGGUGCGAUGACGAUAAGCCACGCCAAUGCAGCCGAGGCGGGAGCAGCAGAAAAUGUCGCUGGCUCCUCAACACUAGCUGGUAAAGCUGCAGCUGCUGGAAGGCUGUUACCCGACUUUUUCAUUGGCUCGUACGAAGAAGCACUGAGGACCGCAGAAAGGGAACUUCGAGUCCUAUGCGCCAUCAUCUUGAGUAGCGAGCAUGAUGACAUCCCAGAGUUCAGAAGGAUGGUCCUUACGGACGCAGAUUUCAUUAAAACACUUGCAGACAAUAAUUUUGUCGUCUGGGGAGGUGAUAUACGUGAUAGAGAUGCGUAUCAAGCCUCCAUCAAACUUGGCGCUACAACUUACCCGUUCGUAGGCUUUGUCUCCCUCCACCCCACUCCGGCUCAUGUGGGUGGUUCGACUCCGUCAGGGUCGGGCCCGCGUCUCACUGUCCUCUCCCGCCACGAAGGUCCACCUUCUACCACGACAUCAGCUCAGACCCUUCAAGCACAUAUUACCACUGCCCUCCUUCCCCGUGUUACCCCUCUUCUCUCACGUCUCCGCACAGAGCGUUGGAAUCGAGAACAAGAACGCAAACUGCGUGAAGAACAGGAUCGUGCAUUUGCUGAAUCUGCCGCCCGUGAUAGAGAGCGCGUGAAGCAAAAGCGAGAGGCAGAACGGAAGGCCGCGGAGGAAAAACAAGCCCGUUUAGAGGCAGAGAAGGAGAAAGCAAGCAAUGAGGAGAAGCUUCUGUUAUGGAGGAGGUAUGCCAGAAAGCAUCUCAUCCCACCCGAGCCGCCAUCAGGCGGUAUCCGUAUUGGUGUGCGCUUACCUGAUGGCCGGCGCGGAGUAAGGAUGUUCUCCCCUACGGAUGAUGUGACGGCUGUCUACACGUUUGCGGAGUCCCUGCUUGUACCCGCGAGCGAACCUAGAGACUCGGACCCCGACCAACCACCCACUGGCUAUACUCAUGAUUGGAAACUCAAACUCGUCACGUCAUUUCCUCGAAAAGAAAUACCACAGCGUGAGAAGGUUCUUGGCUCAAUCGAUGACUUGAAGGAGGGUGCGAAUCUCGUAGUUGAGGUGAUACGGACUUACGGAGGCAUAGGCACAGAUGACCACGAUGAGGAUGAGGAAUAG